GUAAAGAGCUGCUGCUGGAACGCUAAAGAAAUCCUGACAAAGGAGUCGAACGUACAGGAGGUGCGAUGUCCCGUCACAGUCUGUGGGGAUGUCCACGGCCAAUUUCACGACCUCAUGGAACUGUUCAGAAUCGGAGGCAAAUCACCAGACACAAACUAUUUGUUUAUGGGGGACUAUGUUGACAGAGGCUAUUAUUCAGUCGAAACAGUCACAUUGCUUGUAGCUCUUAAGGUCCGAUACCGUGAACGCAUCACAAUUCUCCGAGGGAACCACGAAAGCAGGCAAAUCACACAAGUAUAUGGUUUCUAUGAUGAAUGUUUAAGAAAAUACGGAAAUGCAAAUGUUUGGAAAUACUUCACAGACCUUUUUGAUUACCUGCCUCUAACUGCCUUGGUGGAUGGCCAGAUUUUCUGUCUACACGGUGGCCUCUCUCCAUCGAUAGAUACACUGGAUCACAUCAGAGCACUUGAUCGCUUGCAGGAAGUUCCCCAUGAGGGUCCAAUGUGUGACUUGCUAUGGUCAGACCCAGAUGAUCGUGGUGGCUGGGGCAUUUCUCCUCGAGGUGCAGGUUAUACGUUUGGACAGGAUAUUUCGGAAACCUUUAACCAUGCUAAUGGCCUUACGUUGGUUUCGAGAGCUCAUCAGUUGGUAAUGGAGGGGUACAACUGGUGCCAUGACCGAAAUGUAGUAACGAUUUUCAGCGCUCCAAAUUAUUGUUACCGCUGUGGCAACCAGGCUGCAAUCAUGGAACUUGAUGAUACUCUAAAAUACUCCUUCUGUGCUUUUCAGCUUGCAGUUCGAUCCGGCGCCGCGCAGAGGUGAACCGCAUGUGACUCGUCGCACCCCAGACUACUUCCUGUAAAGAGAUUUUAGCCCUGUACAGUAUUGCCAUGAACCGUAUGUUGACCUAAAGAAAAUGGGAAGAGCAACAGUAACUCCAAAGUGUCAGAAAAUAUUUAACAUUCAAACUUGUUUUCACAUGGACCAAAAGACGUGCCAUAUUCAAAUACAAAGCCUCUUGUCGUCAACAACUGUGACCACUUUAGAAUGAACCAGUUCAUUGCAUGCUGAAGCAACAUUGUUGGUCAAGAAAGCAGUUUCUGGCAUAGCGCUAUUUGUAGUUACUUUUGCUUUCUCUGAGAGACUGCAAAUAAUAAGAUGUAGACAUUAACACCUCGUGAAUACAUUUAACUUUCCAUUUAGCUCUAGCUUUAUUCAGCAUGACUGUAGAUAAGGGUAGCAGCAAACAAUCAUUGAAGCUUAAAGAACAUUUUUAAAGUAAGUACCAAGGCCUCAUAUUUGUUCUGAAACUGUUGGUUUUAUUUUCAGGGAAUACUGUUUAAUUUAAUUGUAUUUGAUUUUCUUUUUUUUUGUCUGCACUCAGUUCCCUUUUCCACUCUUGGCCCUUCCAUAUUGUCCCUUGUAAUUGUCCAAGGAUAGUGAAUUACUUUGAACAGAACUGUUUUUUUCUGUAAAACAAUGUGACUGCAGGACAGAGCUGCAGUGUUUUUCAUAAUAAACUUGUGAACUAAGUAUGGAAA